UCUUUGUUCCAAUCUUUCUCUUUCCUAAAAUUUCAACCCCCACCUCAUACAAUUUUGUGGGUUCCACUCAAGCACUCUCGCUCCAUUACCAUACUCGACCUCUCUUCUUGACAAUGUCGUGCUCUGUGUCUCCAAACCUUACCUACAAAAAUCAUAGCUCUAAGUCUAACUCUCCGGAGUCCGGCUUUGUCUAGCUCUGUCUCUGUCUCUCUCUACAUUGGGUACUCUUCAGAUUGGUCCAAAACCAUGGCUUUGAAGGCUGUACCAAUCUGGGUUUGUGCCAAUCACUCUUGUACUCAUCUGAGGUUUACAGAUUUGGGGUCUAGGCGUUCUGGGUCUGGUUCGAAUUUGAGGUUCGAUUGCGACAAGUUUCGGAAAUGGGAGUGGUGUCUGGCUUCGGCUCAGAGGGCAACACGGCUUGUUGAAGAUGAGAAGAAGCCACUGGCACCUGGAUUGAGUUCACCUGGUGGGAAUGAGCAGACUCAGGUCACUGAAUCUAGGGGGUUUCAUAAAGAUUUGAACUCUCUUCCAAGACCCUUAUCUGCCGCUGAUCUUUCUCCGUCUCCUGGUGAUGGUUCGAAGGUGCGGAUUGCUUAUCAGGGCAUACCAGGUGCAUAUAGUGAGGCUGCUGCGCUUAAAGCAUACCCGAAGUGUGAGACUGUCCCUUGCGACCAGUUUGAGGCUGCAUUCAAGGCGGUUGAAUUGUGGUUGGUGGACAAAGCUAUACUACCCAUAGAGAAUUCUGUAGCUGGAAGCAUCCACCGUAAUUAUGACUUACUUCUUUGUCAUAGACUCCACAUAGUAGGGGAGGUGCAAUUGGUUGUUAAUCACUGCCUUUUGGGGUUGAGUGGAGUUAGAAAGGAGGAGCUAAAGUGUGUUUUGAGCCACCCUCAGGCAUUAGCUCAAUGUGAGAUGGCACUAAACAAGUUAGGUGUUGUAAAAGUUAAUGCUGAUGAUACAGCUGGUGCUGCUCAGAUUGUAGCCUCUGAUGGCCUCAGAGAUACUGGAGCAAUUGCAAGUGCUCGAGCUGCAGAAAUUUAUGGCCUUGACAUUCUUGCAGAAAGAAUCCAGGAUGAUUGUGAUAAUAUUACCCGUUUUUUGAUUCUUGCAAGAGAACCUAUAAUCCCAGGAACAAUCAAGCCGCAUAAGACAAGCAUUGUCUUCUCUCUAGAAGAAGGGCCUGGUGUAUUAUUCAAAGCCUUGGCAGUGUUUGCUUUGAGGGAAAUUAAUUUGUCAAAGAUUGAGAGCCGACCACAGAGAAAGCGUCCAUUAAGGGUUGUUGAUGACUCCAACAAAGGCAGUGCCAAGUACUUUGACUACCUAUUUUACGUCGACUUUGAAGCUUCUAUGGCAGAGCCCCGUGCUCAAUAUGCUCUGGGACAUCUGCAGGAAUUUGCAAGAUUCCUUCGAGUCCUUGGUUGCUACCCAAUGGAUACAGCUCUAUAGAAAACCAGCUUCAUUCUUCUAGUCAGUCAUCAGAGCAUUAAUUGGUUGGUCAUUUCAACCUUUUACUCUGUACAUACAUUUGAUCCGGUUAGCAACUUCAAGUGGU